AAUAAUGAAGCCAGUUCCCACAAAGGAAAAAAAUCUAAAACCUUAACUUUACUUUUUCUUCGCAUUUCAAACACAAUUCUUCAAUUCUUCACUACAACAUCAACACCAACAUGGAAACUACAACCCAAUUGGACAAACCAAUUGAAGACAAAGAAAACGUUGUACAAUUAGAAAUUGAAGAAGAAAAGGUUGUUGUUGUUCAAAAGGAACAAGAAGAAGAAGAAGAAUCUCACCCUUAUGCAUUUCAUGUUUCGGGUCCGAGAAAUUUGGUUAAUUUGAAUUGGAGAGAUCUUAUUAGUUCUAGUUGGAAGGAUGCAAAUUACAAGAGAACUGUCAUUGCUUGUUUCAUACAGGCAGUAUACUUGCUUGAAAUUGAUCGACAAGAGAAACGACAACCAGAAAACGCUCUAGCUCCAAACUGGUGGAUUCCCUUCAAGUACAAGUUAACACAAACAUUGAUUGACGAAAGAGAUGGUUCAAUAUUCGGUGCAAUACUCGAAUGGGACAGAUCAGCGGCAAUGUCCGAUUUAGUAUUAAUCAGACCAAGUGGUGCACCAAAAGCUGUUUUAGCACUAAGAGGAACUUUACUCAAAAGCCUAACGAUGCGAAGAGACAUCGAAGAUGACCUCAGGUUCCUCGCUUGGGAAAGCUUAAAAGGUUCUGUAAGGUUCAAAGUAGCUUUAGAGACACUAAAAUCAGUUGCUGAUGCAUAUGGAAGUAGCAAUGUUUGUGUAGCAGGACAUUCAUUAGGAGCGGGUUUCGCACUUCAGGUUGGAAAAUCAUUAGCGAAAGAAGGUAUUUACGUCGAAACACAUUUAUUCAAUCCACCUUCUGUAUCAUUAGCUAUGAGUCUAAGAAACAUCGGAGAAAAAGCCGAGUUAGCAUGGAAGAGAAUUAAAUCUAUGAUUCCUUCAAGAAACCAAGAAGCUAAUAACAAUGAUGGCAACGACAAUAAGAAGAGUUGGAUGAUGCCAUGGUUAACUAGUUUGAAGAAUCAUAAUUUUGGAGUUGGAAAAUGGGUUCCUCAUCUUUAUGUGAACAAUAGUGACUAUAUAUGUUGUUCAUAUAAUGAUGAACCUAAUAAAUCAAAUGAGAAAAAUGAUGGUGGUGAUAGUAACAAGGAAAAUGUUGGUCCAAAUAAUAAUAAUGGUUGUCAUGUUGCUGCAAAAGUGUUUGUUGUGAAUAAGGAAAAGCAGAAGUUUCAUGAAGCUCAUGGAUUGGAACAAUGGUGGUCUAAUGAUUCACAGCUUCAGCAGACUAUUCAUACUAGUAAACUCAUAAGCAGACAGCUUAAAUCUUUGUAUACAAGUGGUGGUGGAAGUGGUUCUUCUUCUCCUCAAGUAUUGCAGGGAAAGACAAUAUCUUAUAAUAAUAUGAAUAGGAAUUGAACUCGAAUACCUUGGAGUUUACAACGCUUACACACGCUACAUGUCAUCCACUUGCGCUAGACUCAUUCUAGACCGCCGAUGGUGGUUUGUUUACAUGCUAUUGUGAAAAAUUCUGAGCCAGAACAUUUUUCUUCUUCGCCUAGUAAAGUA